UCCUCCCUCCUCCUCCUCUCCUCCUCCUGUGUGCGCAGCGCUCCGGCCCGGCCGCUCCUUCCUCCCUCAUUCCCUCCCCACAGCUGGCUCUGUCCUCUCGGAUGCUGGCUCGCCUUCUUCUUCUUCUCCUUCCUCUUCUAUCUCUCGCACACACCGCGCUGGACCAAAUACCUCGCAGGGUGGAGAUGACCGACUACUACCUGGCUUGCAUGGUCUGAAUCUCGGGGAAUUCGCACGUCGGAAAGGAGGGGAGUCAAGAGGGGAAAAACGGAGGCUCUCCAUCCACCCGAGGGGAAUUUAUUUCACAGAGGUAUGCCAGUGCCUGAGGUGGCGUCUGACACUGCCAGCGCUGCCGCCAUGUUGAGCCCCGUCCUCAACGCCUCCAACGGAGACGGUUCCGAGUCCGAAACCACCUCCGCCAUCCUCGCCUCCGUCAAGGAACAGGAGUUGCAGUUUGAACGUCUGACCAGGGAGCUGGAAGCCGAACGACAGAUUGUAGCCAGUCAGCUGGAGAGAUGCAAACUUGGCUCUGAGACUGGAAGCAUGACAAGCAUCAGUUCAGCAGAUGAGAAAUUUCGCUGGAACAACCAAGAUGGACAGAAGGACAUCGAGGAGGAGCUAACCACAGGCCUGGAGCUGGUCGACUCCUGCAUCCGCUCGCUUCAGGAAUCAGGCAUCUUGGACUCACAGGACACUUCAGGAGACAGACAAGGACUUCUGUCGCAGAGUGCUCUCCAGCUCAACAACCAGGAUGCCUAUGCAGCAGCAGGUUACCAUAGUAACCAAGGGCUGGCACUCGGGGAGUCGGUCACUGGCCGCGCAGGGCAUGUUGGAGGAGCUGUUCACAUCUACAACCAGGUGACAUCCAGCCGGGCAGCUGCCCACUUAGCAGGCACAGACUCUCCCUCCCAGUCCCAGAGAGACUCGUUUGCCCAGCAGGCCCACGGCAGCGCCUUCCACAUGCCCUCUGAUGGCGGACCUGCACCUGCUGGUCCAUCCAUGUAUUACUCGUGUGCCACUUUGCCCGCCCAGCGGGUGAGCUCCCCCCUGCAGGCGCUGGGAUCCCCGACCAAGCUGCAGCGCCUGGGAUCAGCCUCGUCCGACAUGCCCAGCUACGCCACUCUCCAGAGGGUGUCUUCACCCAAACAGUCGCCCAGCCGACUCGCCAAGUCCUACAGCACCUCAUCGCCCAUCAACAUGGUCGCCGCCGGCUCCUCCUCCCCUCUCCCCAUGACAGCCUCCCCGGGGGGGAACCACCUCUCGUCACCCAUCCACCAGCUGAGCUCGGUGGUGGGCAGCUACGCCACCCUGUCGCCCACCAAGAGGAUGCUGCAUCACAUCGGAGGGGAGAGCUACAAGAUCUCCCACGAGCUGUACGCCAACGCUACCCUGCAGAGGCCCGGGAGCCUGGCAGGUCGAGGCUCCAGAGGUUCCUACAGCAGCCAGCACAGCCACCUGGGCUCCGAGCUCCGACCCCUGCAGUCCCCUGAACACCACAUCGACCCCAUCUACGAGGACCGAGUCUACACCAAACCCAACCUGAGAGGACAAGCCCCGCCCUCCCCCGGUGUCGACCCAAUCCCCUUGCAGCGAACAGGAAGCCAGAGCACCACCGCCACCUUUCAGAGAGGGAGCUUUGCCACGGGAAGCGGUGCGGCUGACUAUGCCAACCCAUACCGCACUCUGCAGUUCUGCCCGUCCACCGAGUCGCCCUACAGCAAGUCAGGCCCCACCCUCCCCCCUGAGGCCGCCCUGGGCCGGUCUCCAUCAGUGGACAGCAUCCAGAAGGACCCAAGGUACGACCCAGAAUUCCUUGUGUGGAAUCAAAAUCAAGCCGAGCAAAGAAUGACAAAGGAGUUCGGCUGGAGGGAUCCAGAACUGCCUGAGGUGAUCCAGAUGUUGCAGCAUCAGUUUCCAUCAGUCCAGUCCAACGCUGCUGCCUACCUCCAGCACCUCUGCUUCGGAGACAACAAGAUAAAAUCUGAGAUCCGGCGGCAGGGUGGCAUCCAGCUGCUGGUGGACUUGUUGGACCACCGGAUGACCGACGUGCACCGCAGCGCCUGCGGAGCCUUGAGGAACCUGGUCUAUGGAAAAGCCAACGACGACAACAAGAUCGCCCUGAAGAACUGCGGAGGCAUACCGGCUCUGGUCCGACUGCUGAGGAAGACCACAGACGUAGAGAUCCGAGAACUGCUCACAGGUGUACUGUGGAACCUGUCGUCAUGUGACGCCCUGAAGAUGCCCAUCAUCCAGGAUGCUCUGGCUGUGCUGACCAAUGCUGUGAUCAUUCCGCACUCGGGCUGGGACACCUCCCCUCAUACACAGGAGGAUCGCAAGCUCCACCUACACUCCUCCCAGGUUCUCCGCAAUGCCACGGGCUGCCUGCGGAAUGUGAGUUCAGCAGGCGAGGAGGCUCGGCGAAGGAUGAGGGAGUGUGAGGGCCUGACAGACGCUCUGCUCUACGUCAUCCAGACUGCCCUGGGGAGCAGUGAGAUUGACAGCAAGACUGUAGAGAACUGCGUGUGCAUCCUGAGGAACUUGUCGUACCGUCUGGCUGCAGAGACGUCUCACAGCCAGCAGGGGGGGUCGGAGGAGCUGGACGGUCUCUUAUGUGACACCGGCGGGAAGGACGCAGAGAGUUCUGGCUGCUGGGGCAAGAAGAAGAAGAAAAAGAAGGGACAUGACCAGUGGGAUGGCAUCGGCCCGUUUCCAGACUUGGCUGAGCCCCCGAAAGGCAUCCAGAUGUUGUGGCACCCCACCAUCGUCAAGCCUUACCUCACUCUGCUGUCUGAGUGCUCCAACCCAGACACCCUGGAGGGAGCAGCUGGGGCUCUGCAGAACCUGGCUGCUGGCAGCUGGAAGUGGUCGGUGUAUAUUCGUGCUGCUGUGCGUAAAGAGAAAGGUCUCCCUAUCCUGGUGGAGCUGCUGAGGAUAGACAACGACCGCGUGGUUUGUGCCGUGGCCACUGCGCUGAGAAACAUGGCUCUGGACGUCAGGAACAAGGAGCUCAUCGGUAAAUAUGCCAUGAGGGACCUGGUGCACCGUUUGCCCGGAGGAAGCAACAACAACAACACCAGCGGCGGGGGGAGCGGAGGCAGCAACGCCAGCAUCCUGAUGGGGAAGACCAUGUCAGACGACACUAUCACGGCGAUCUGCUGCGCGCUGCACGAGGUCAUCACCAAGAACAUGGAGAACACCAAGGCCCUGAGGGACGCCGGGGGCAUCGAGAAGCUUAUUGGUGUGGCCCGCAGCAAAGGAGACAAAAUUCCCAGACAUAGUCCGAAGGUGGUGAAAGCAGCGUCUCAAGUGUUGAACAGCAUGUGGCAGUACAGAGACCUGCGCAGCCUCUACAAGAAGGAUGGAUACUCCCAGUACCAUUUUGUGGGCUCGUCCUCGACAAUAGAGAGAGACAGACAGCGACCUUAUUCCUCCUCUCGCACGCCGUCCAUCUCUCCCGUACGGACCUCACCCAACAAUCGAUCAGCGAGCGCCCCUGCUUCCCCAAGAGAGAUGAUGGCGUUGAAGGAGAGGAAGGCAGACUAUGAGUCGACUGGCAAUGCCAGUUACCAUGGCAGCAAGGGCGAACACACAUCCCGGAAGGACGGCAUGGCAGGUCAAAUGUCCGCUGGUUCCUCCACGCUACUCAGAGGAGCUUAUGUGUCGCCCACUGACGACCUCAAGUACAAUCAGAUCUCUUCUCAAGGCCUUCCGUCAGAGCCUUACCCUCCUUUCCAGAACCCUCCACCUACCGACAGCAGCUACGAGGAUCAGGCUUUCUACGAAAAUCAGGUCCACGCGGGAGGGCGCCCCCCGCAGGGUGACCUCAAUAUGCACCUGCAGGGCCUCAAGUCCACCGGCAACUAUGUAGACUUCUACUCAGCCUCACGGCCCUACAGCGAGCUCAACUACGAGACCAGCCACUAUCCAGCCUCACCAGACUCCUGGGUCUGAGAGGAGACGAGGGCGGGGGUGAGGAGGAGGAGGAGGAUGUAGGAGAACAGAAUAGUAAAGGGAGAAGAUGAGAGGACAGCUCCCCUCCCUCCUCAUCCUCCCCUGUAGUUACUGAGUAGCAUCAUAGGUAGCAGGACGACGGAGGCGGAGGAUGGAGCAUGAAAGAAGAGACCUGAGGAGAAAAUCUAAGACAUUCACUCCCUUUGUCUGAGGGAGGAGCGAGGGGGGGGGGGGGGAUGCGAAAGGAAACCAGGAGCAGACAUGCAUGUGCAUGCACACCACCAACAACAGCGACGGACACAUUUUCUUCCUGUGUUUAGUUUGUGACCUCCUGCACCUGAAGGAAAGAGGGACGGACCCACUGAAGAGAACAUGGAGGACAGGAAGAAGAAGAAGUGGGACAUACGGAGAGGAAGAAGGACAGUGAAAGAGAAAGAUGGAUCCGGGGUGGAAGGGUUUUGGAUUUAGGGUGGAGAAACGUGUACAUAUGUGGUGUAGUAACAUGGCUUUUUAGUAAUGUGAAGCACAAGAAGCAGAGCUGUAGGACAUGUAGGACGUCUGUCACACAAACUUUACUUUCUUUCUUUGGCUUCAGCUUGAUGUUUCCUCCUCUGGACGAAGAACACGUCAGGACUUUGUCAUUUGUAACAGGUUUUAUUUUUCUUUCUACUUUUUUAAUUCUGGAUUCCUGUUGUAUAGUAUUUGAUGUACACUGUACAUUUCCUGGGAUGCAUUGUGUACUGUACAUUGCACUAUUUUCUGUGUCAUGUCAGGACUUUCAAGCUCACCGACUUUCCUGCUUUUACACACACAAACACACACCAUAGCUGCACUCAGACGUUUGAAACUCACAUCUCAGCUAGAGGCGGAUGCUAACGUGUCGCUAAUGUGAAAUGGGUGUGGAGAAAUGAAUUGUGGUAGGUCACGGUGCUCCUUAUACUGCCCUACAGAUGGUGUACACUGACCAGACCAAGCUCUCUUUCCUCAUUAACUCCUCAAAAAAGCCCCUUUUCUUUCCCAUGAGCCCCUCUGUUGACUGAACUCAUUGUGUAUAUAACCGUGCCAAACGAGGGUGACUUCCCUUCAGCUGAUUAAGGCAGGGAGGGAGGUAAAGGGGGGCGUGUUCAAGGGUCCAAAUUCAGCCGAGGCUUUAGGCUGAACAUCCUUACAGUUCUAACGAUGCCAGUUUGUAAAUGCUUUGGUUUUUCUAAACUGUGUUUUACUGGGAUGAAAACUGUCUUACUGCACCGAGGACUGUGGGGAGAAAACAAAAAGAAAAACUGGAAUAAAAAAAGGAACAAAAACAAAAAAAACACGGAGGAACGGAGACAGCGGGCGGAGCACCACGUUCUCCAAAGUUGUACAAAAUUAGUUGAUUUCUGUGUUGUAAAAUAAUCAAUGUUUGAAGAAAAAAAAAUCUUUUCUGAGAGAUGGGCGGCAAUUUUAACUUCAUGGUAGAAAAAACUGUUAAUAGAGUACGGAUAUAUAUUAUAUAAUAAAUAUAAAAAUAUACUUUUUAUGUGCAGGUUGUGGAUGUCACUUAUAGCAGCAACAUUAUGGAAAAAGACUUGUAAAGAAAACAGCUACAUGUAGGAAUUCUGUUCACGUUUCAUUUCCUGGUCAACACACUAAUCUGUGGACUUUGUGUAGUAAUGUUGUUGCUAUGUGGAGUAGAGUAGACCAGGGCCCCGGGGAUCCACGUUGUCACUUAGGCCGUUUCAAAAGGUGCUACAUCCGUGAGAAGUAUUUCCAACAUGUCUGUAUUUUGACUGUGCACAAACUGUUUGUUUCCCUCUGCAGCCAAAACAAAUGAUUGCUCAUGGGACGUCCCACCUGAGCGUCCUAAACCACAAUAGAGACAACCGUGCCCCCACGCAUGAAAACCCCCAUCACUUCAGAUCAAUCGGUCUCGUUAAAGCUGAACAGCUCAAACCAAGAACACACAAGUAUUUGUUGUCAGUAAAUCAGGAAGUACACGUUUUUAAUAUGAGAAAGGCUGACAACAGACCCUGGUUCUCCCGCCCUGUGCUGUUUGAGAAGUCCUAAAGGUCAUCAUGGAAAAUGACUGCUGUCCCCAAACACACGCACACACGCACACACACACACACAAACAAACAAACAAACAAACAAACACUGGAUGAUGAAAAGCUGAACUGCUGUAUUUGUUAGUGAGCAUCUGGAAACUGACAACGUCAUGUAUGUCCUUGUGAUCCUUAGGCAGAAAAAAAAACUGACUAUAAGACGUGUAUGGAGAUAAAACGUCGGUGACCUUUUUGUUGCUAGACCAAAUGUGUUUUCAAAAGAGAAUUGUGAAUCUUUCUAUUGCCUCAAACAGAUUGCAACUGCUCCAAAAAAAUAUAAACAGACCAUCGAAGAACCUCUGGCUCUGGGAGUUUAUUUUGUUCGUGUCUUUGUGAAACUUUUCACUGCACCUAAACCAUACCGCAAACUUUUAAUUUGAAAUCUCUUUUUUGAUGGGGUGUGAUUACAAAGACUUGAAACUAGCCUCAUAAGUUUUUCAGUCAGUCAAAGAGUGAACUUUUUCCCACCCCUCUUGGUGAGUUCAAGGACACUCAGACAUUUGGAAAUCAUCGGGUGCCAAAAAGUUAAAAAGGCAAAUGUUUGAAACACAACCAAAUGGCUUGAAACCAACUCAGGACUGAGUCAAAAAACUGGAAAUGGUCUGUGUAAUGUUCCGCUGUUAUUUGGAUUAUGACAAGAAUUGGAAAAGGACUUACACUUUAUGAAGCCGAUUAUAAAAAACAUCACACCUUCCCUUGUUACUGUUGAGUUUUGACCUUUUCAGAAUGAUACUGAUUGGAGGAGCAGGAUGAAAUAACAUGUUGAGCUUGAAUGUGUGCAGCACCUUUGCACUAAGAAGACGAUGAAAAGUUAUUCUGCUUUCUUAAACAAAUUAAUAAAGUAGGGCUGACUCCUUAUA